GUUAAACGACGGCGUUUUAAAGCGCUAUACACGCUGUACUGUUGCCGUUCGGACCACAGGUUGGUUUUUAUUUAUAAACAGAGUAUGGGGUAAAUUCCCCGAACUCGUCGAGGAAGAACAGAGAGAGAGAAAGAGAGAGACAGAGGGAAAUCCGAAAUCCUUUUUCUCUUCUUUUCUCUUUGGAUCUCUUCUCUGCUCCCGACGGUCCCCACCCUUUUCCUUUCUCCUCAAAUUCAGCUAACUUUUAAGGUUUGGUACAGUUAUUGCUGAUUGGAAAACGACCCAGAUUUUCCCGUCUAAGUAGUUAAGAGUUAGCUGCAGUGGUUAUUGAUUUAUUUGUGUUUUAUUGUUCUGUCACGAUGUGGGGUUUUGCUUCUAAUGCCAUUGCAAGCAUUGGGUUAAAGAGUACAAAAGAAGCGGAUAGAGCUUGUUCCGAGUGUUCGGACGAUGAGGUGUGCUCAUGUAGUAGAGAGGAAGGGUUGGAAUGCCCGAUUUGUUGGGAAUCUUUCAACAUUGUUGAGAAUGUGCCUUACGUCUUAUGGUGUGGUCACACCCUUUGCCAAAAUUGUAUCUUGGGGCUUCAGCCUGCUGUUUUGAAACUCCCCACUCAGCAAAUCAAGAUCCCUUUGUUCAUUUCUUGCCCGUGGUGCCACUUGAUAUCGCUCCGGCUGGUUUAUAAGGGGAAUCUCAAGUUCCCUCGCAAGAAUUUCUUCCUUCUAUGGAUGAUUGAGAGCUUAAAUGGGGAUAGGUAUGGCCUUGGGAGGAGAACUUCAUCUGGAUACAAUCAACCGGUUGGCUCUCCGAGAUGUAAUCUAAUGCUUGGAAAUCAAGCGACCAGUGGUGUCUUUAGGAGAGGGUCAUAUACUCAUCGUCCUGGACAACUCAGUUCUCAAGAUAAUGAUGGCAGAAAUAAUGUGGAGAGGCAUCAUUUCUCACUUCAUAAAUCGUUGGAUUUCUUCAUUCACUUUACAUCCAAGUUCCCAUUGGUCAUCAUAUUCCUUCUAAUUGUCUUCUUUGUAAUACCGGCGAGUGCUGUUAUCUUAGUACUCUACUUGCUGGUGACAGUUGUUUUCGCCAUCCCAUCUUUCUUGGUACUGUACUUUGCAUUCCCUAUGUUGGAUAGGCUGGUAAGAGAAAUAACCUCAUGAGAUGCUGCAUUCUCACUUCAAAGGUCUGAGGGAUUUAUGGCUCCGGAUGACUUCAAUCUCCAGAUGAAUUCAUCUAAUGGUGUAAUCCCUAAGCCGGCCUCGUCCUUCUUCCAAUGCUCUCCCCAAUGCUUUUAUUUGAAAUUUAGUAACUCCGUCGCUGGUAACAGGAUUUUUUAGCAUCCUGAAGCUUUCAGAUUAAUGUAUUGUUUCAAUGAUGGAGUAUGACUACAAAAAGUCUUCAAGGCUUGUUUUUAAAAUUGUGAUCAUGUCCUUGAAUUAGAUGCCAUUGAAGUGGCUGCUCACCUGUUGUACAAGCUGGAGUUCCCAAAAGAAUAUAAUGCAGUUAAUUGUGGUGUUUAUUUC